CCACUAAUUUAGCAGAAAGGGAGGAGAGAGGGAGGUAGAGAGAGCCUGGCGGUGUAUUGGAGAGCUGAGAGGGGACCGUGAGGCGGACUGCCGAAGCCUCUGCAGUAAAAACACCAGCGCUGCUGAGAAAACCUACAACACCCAAACGCACCGGGCCGGGCGAGUUUAAUUCCUCCAGGUGUGUGAGGAGGAAAAACCGCGGACGCAGAGAAAAAAAAUCCUGUAACGUCGACCAGUCAUCCGCCGUUUAUCUCGGUGAUAUCAGCUGCUGCUCGUAGCCUACAACACGCACACAGUGUUCCGGUUCACCUCACGGAGGAGCCACCGGACAGCUGCAGAGGCACGAGGCGGAGAGGAACAGCUCUGUGUGGUGUUCAUAUUCUCGGGUUUUCCACCCACGGACUGGGGCACUCGGUCCCGGAACCGUCGCUCGGUGUUUACGCGGCGGCUGCAGAGAGCGAGGAGCGGGGGGAGGAGGACGUGGUGAAGCCAGGGAGGAGCGGCCGAGGGCUGCGGCCACACGGAGCAGGUUUCUGCCAGAAUUUCUUUGGCGAAAAGGGGUUUAUAUCACGGUGCGGCGAUAUCCAGGAUAGAGGAGCAGGACUCCGCCGCCCACCUCCACCAACACUCUCCCCCACCUCUGUAAAUGGGUUAAAAAUCGAUUUGUUCUUCCAGAGCAGCCGUGCAGAGCCUUGGAGGGUCCGUUCACACCUGCUAACACCUGCACAGCCCGACCUGCGGGGGCUUAUGAUGUAGCCCCCACCUCUGCUCCGUUUCUCUGCAUCACCAUCCUUUAAAACAUCCACCUCCACCCACCAGUGUAUCCCUGCCCCCCCCCCACCCCCCAUCUCUUCUCCACCCCACCCAGUGUCCCACCAUGCCGGCGGGGAUGAAACCGCUCGAGAAGUUCCUGAAGAAGCAGACCACGGCUCUGACCCGGGCCGGGGGCUUUGUUGGCGGGGUGGCGGACAAGGCCAGCGGGGGGACGGGGGCGUCCCGCAGGAGGGCCAGCCUGUCCCGGGUCGUUCCCUUCUUCAGGGAGACGUCACCGGAGAGCGGCCAGGCUCGGGAGGUGUUCAGCCCUGACAGUGAGGACCCCCCCUCCUGGCCCUCAGCCACGGGGCCCGGUCUGGUCACCGUGCCCAACAGCGCUAACAGCUCCGGUUCUGGUUCUGGAGGAGGAGACGUCCGCAGCCCGUCUCUGUCCAGCGACGAGCAGAGCUCUGAGGCCAGCCUGAUCACAGAAACCAGCGUGGGAGGAGUAGGAGUAGGCGUUGGAGGAGGAGGGGGGACGCCUCUUCCACCUGACACACCGGACAACCUGACCCUCGCUGUGCUGGACAGUGCGGCGGGAAAACGCACCGCAGUCUGCACAGAAACCUUGCUGGAUGACUUCAUGUUGACCCAUCCCAUCUUCCUGACGGCCGACAGGUUCCAGCAAGUCCUGCUGCAGCAAUUCAGUCUAGAUACAGAGGGGGAGGAGGUAGAAGGUGGAAGGAGGGAGGCAGAGGGUGAGAGAAAAGAUGGAGGAGGUGGAGGAGAGACGGAGGGAGAGAGUGAGGGAGUGAUGGAUGGAGCAGAGAGAAAGCAGGCGGUGCUGAACGUGGCGUUUCGAUAUCUGGACACCUACAGAGAGCUGCUGCAGGAGGAAGGAGAGCGCAGCAACAGCUUCCCAAAGGAGCUGUACCUGUGUGCGGUUCAGGAGUUGAGUCGGUAUCCUGAGCUGGUGGAGGAUGUCCUCAAACUGCAGAGAUGGACCGAGAUCUUAAACUGCCCUUCUGAUGAGGAGAAGGAAAGCAGGAAGAAGCAGGUCCGUCCUUUGUUCAGACACUUCAGACGCAUCGACGCCUGUCUGCAGCCCAGAGAGGCCUUCAGAGGCUCAGACGAGAUCUUCUGCAGGGUCUACACUCCCGAUCACUCCUACGUCACCAUCAGGAGUCGUCUGUCCUGUCGGGUUGGAGAGAUUCUGGCUCUGGUCCGAGAGAAACUCCAGUACAGUGAAGACCAACCAGUUCUGCCUGGAAACCUCAUACUGGUGGCCGUCACAUCAGCUGGAGAGAAGGCAGUGUUUCGUCCCAGUGAUGAGGCCGUCUUCACCACACUGGGAGUCAACACUCACCUGUUUGCUUGUGAACCCUCUGAGCUUGAGUCACUGCUUCCUCUGCCUGAGGAGAUCCACUGGACACCCGGUGACAGCAAACUCCAUGACAUGUCAGCUGAGGAGGUAGCCAAUCAGCUUGUGGUGUUUGACUGGGAGCUCUUCAGCUGUGUGCACGAGGUGGAGUUUGUGUGCUAUGUGUUUCAUGGGGAGCAGUCCCGCUGGCGCCCCCUUAACCUGGAGCUCGUACUGCAGCGCUGCAGCGAGGUGCAGCACUGGGUCGCCACGGAGAUCCUGCAGUGUCAGUCACUGCCAAAGAGGAUCCAGCUGCUCCGCAAGUUCAUCAAGAUCGCAGCACUCUGUAAGCAGCAGCAAGACCUGCUGUCGUUCCUGGCUGUGGUUCUUGGUUUGGACAACCCAGCUGUCAGCAGACUACGACUCACCUGGGAGGGUCUUCCGGGGAAGUUCAGGAAGCAGUUUCAGCAGUUUGAGAGCAUUGCGGACCCCUCCAGGAACCAUAAGUCAUACAGAGACCUGAUCACCAGCCUGAGACCUCCACUGAUCCCCUUCACACCUCUGCUGCUUAAAGACUUGACAUUUCUUCAUGAGAGCUGUAAGACGUUUCAUGGUGAACUCGUCAACUUUGAGAAGAUGCAUAAAGUGGCAGAGAUGGUGAGGAUCAUCAGACGAUACAGGAGCAGCCAGCUAGCCAUGGAUACAGAGACAUCCCCCUCCCACCUGCAAACGAAGGCCUACGUCCGGCAGUUACAGGUGAUCGACAACCAGAACCUGCUGUUUGACAUGUCAUGCAAACUGGAGCCCAAAGACACAUAGAGGGACUGACAGGAUGGUAAAGAAAAAAAUAAGAAAGCAUGGAAAAUGAAGAGGAAGAGAUGGGAUGGAGAGAAGGGGAAGAAGAGGAAGGAUUUUGUGUCCAGAAACAAGAAAGCAAAGAAACAAAUGGAUGGAGGAAGGUUCAGGUAGAAAGAGAUGGAAAUAAGUGAAGGAAGGCGUUUUACCCUGAAACUGUAAACCUACAACCUCCUCAUCAUCGUCUUUACCUGAAAUAAAAAAAUAACUUGAGAUUUCUCGAUCAGCAGAAAGAAUGAGCUUCCUCUCUUUCAUCCACAAGUUUAAUUAUCUCUACACCUUCACCUCCUCUUCCUCCCUUAUCCUUCCUCUCCAUCAGCAGCUGUCAAGUCCAAACACUGCCAGCAGCCCUGACAACCACAACCACAGAGAGAUAUGUGGAGGGAGUUCAUCAAACUGGACCAAAACCUCAAAACACCUGGUGUGACCUGGUGGUCAGUCUGAUCAAAGUUGCCCAGAAUAAACAAAACCUCAAAGUCACGUCAGAUCCCAAGUGCACAGCGCUCUGCAUCUGUACAUCAGCUAAAAGAUUCAAGAUAACUGAAAAUUCAACAGGCUCAAUUCAGAUGUUGACAGUUAAUCUGCAGCAGGUUUGAGAGGCAACACUACUUUGACCCAGCCGCAGUGAAGAAGAAGAAGAAGAGACGAAUCAUGGACUCUUUCUAUUUUCUCACUUUCUGCACUUUCCCACCCUAGUUUCCCUCCUCUUGUGGUGGCUUACCAAUCAGUCUAAAGACAAUCUGACCACCUGACUGACACCGGCUGAAAGCUCCAACAAACAGCCUCAAACCUGUUGUUCAACCACAAUUUCAUGGGAAACAAGAACUAUACCAUAUUGGCCGAAAUAUAAGACAGCACAGGACAAACUACACAACUGCGGGAUUUACGAUCUGCUUUAAUGCUUUCAUCUUGUGUUUCUCUUUUAUGAAAUAAAAGGCUCCAAGGAAAGGACUCAUCAGACCAACAGUAUCUUUUGGAAACUUUUCCAAAAGUGUUUUGUAUCUUCAAAAAUUAUUAUUAUUUUUUUUCAAUACUCAUCAGGAUCGUCUUAUAUGUGGGUCAAUACGGUACUUUUGCGGGGAUGCACAUAAACAUCUCUAUGGAUCAACUCAGAAACGGCUGUCAAGGAUAGCUUUUGACUGCAGACACCCAAAUAUCAACAGGACACUGCACUUCAAACAGCUGACUGGUUAUUCCAACUUCCUGUUGGGAGGCAGGCUUGAAACAACAAAACUGGAACUGGACUUAUUAAAGCUACUCUCAAAAUUUGUAGAACAACAAACAAAAACCAACAUGUUAUUGUCUCUGAACAACAUGUAGACGGACAAAAUGUUCAAGCUUUCAAACACAGCGGAGGAUGUAAAAAUGCCAGCAGACGAGCAAUUUUUUCAACCGACAAAUGUGGAUUCACAUUAUGCAGCCUUGGUUUCGUUCUCCAGGAUCUUUUCUCUGAGGACAUGCAGACGCAAGAUAUUAAACUCUGCAGGAACAAACAGAAAUGACAUAAAUCAAGUUCCUCUAAACCUUUGCAGAGAGAGACCAGUUUGAUUACCAGUGGAAAUGGUCAAAUUUAGCUGCUACGACUUUUCAAAUGUUGCUGUCCGAGUUUACACGAGAGACUUCUGCACUCAGAAAUCCGUCAUCUGUAUUUCAGGACUGAAUAUAUUUUUCCAUCAAAAAAAAUUAACUCUCUAACAUCGAAUAAUGGACACAACGGACCACUCUAGAUCUGUAACUGAACUCACAGUUACAGUGGAUUGUGUCCAUGGUUUACAUCAGCGGUAAGGGCUGUUGGGCUGACCUCUGAUCUGUGGUUCGUAUCAGCUGCCAUAUUCCACACAGAGCUAUCAGGGACUGGUUUUGUUCAUCUGAACUACUUAGAUUCCUCCUUGAUUAAACCUUAACGGUGACAAUAUCACUGACACCUGUCACAGACUUGCAAGCACUUUGGCAUAUUGGUCACGGUGCAUUCAUGGACCCCGAUCACAUGGUAGGACUUGUUAGUGGCGGACUGUCAGGAUGUUUCAUUGCUGUUUUUUACCGAACGUAAUCUCAGCUGCAGUCCGAAGAUGUUGGUCAACUCUUCAGUCUUUCUACUUUUUGUUUCAGGACAUUGAUGGCAAACAUCGUUAAAUGUCUCUCACAGCGUUUUAUGAUUCAACAGGACAGUUGGAAAAUUCACACUACACUCACUUUAAAGGACCAUGCCCCUGUAUUUUGUAUGCUUUAACCAGUUUGCUUCAAAUCACAUAGACGCUCCAUUGCUGCCAAACCACAACACAGUGGUUUGUUUUUUUCAUUUUGGUAUAGAAAGCAAUAGAUGUCAGUUAAUUUCUAUAAAAAUCAACACGCAGACUGGUCUGAUACUAUUCUAUCAGAGCUAUAUGAUUAUCACAACAUAUAUCAGUCAGUAAGUUACAGGAAAAGUCAGUAAAAAAAGUGAUAUGUCCGAAGUUAACUAGAGACAGUGUCUUCACUACAGACUUUGUCCACUAGAGAGCACUGAGGAGUUGUAAUAACAUAAUCACAUUCCCAGAGAAACCAAGCUUAAGGUACCCUGUGAAGUUUUGUCAUUGUUGCCGCAUUUAUUUGUAUUACUACCAUCGAUCAGCACAAUAACAUGAAACUGGUGUUAGGAAUCGCAUGUGUGCUCUUGUGCGCUCAGACCCACUUAUAAAACAUUGAUCCAUAACACUAUUAAAAACUCAACAAGGUACCUCUAACAACCAAAUUCAAGGGGGGUUUAUAUUAAAAAAAAAGAUGUAUCAGCCAUUGGAUGGCACUUCCUAUCAUUAACUGACGAUAACUGUUCGUUCCAAUACCCAUACUAUCAUACUAUUUAGUAUGCUGGAAAAAGGUUUAGUAUGACCCAACACAUACUGUAGUAUGUCAAAUGCAGUAUGCCAAAAAUACCAUGACAUCCCACUACAUUUGAUCAUUGCAAGCCAGCAUGCUUUUCUGGCUAUUUUGACCCACAAUCCUCUGCACAGCAGAAAAUGCGUCACAUCGGCUGAGCUGCAAACAGAUAAGAGCUUGACAGCUCGUUGACGGCUAUCAGAAGCUGCAGUGAAGGAUGACAGUGCAAUCAAGUGACUGAUGACCAGUAUAAUAGUAAUAAUAGGAAUAUUUAUUGUUUAAAUGAGCAAAACAAUCAUAGUUUAUCAAAAACAAAAGGGACAUAACUAUAAUUACAACAAUGACAGAAAAAUGCACACUGUUGUGGAUAUCAUGGGCUGUGCUAGAGUUUGCAUUGUAUGCAGUUAUGACUUAAAAGUUAAAACCACAUACAUUGCAAAGUAAGCUCAACAAAGCUCCUAGGUUGACCUUUGUCUCUGGCAUGCUCCACAAAUGGUGUUUUGUUUUAUCUCCAAGGAUAUAUGAGCAAGAAGUUCAGGGCACAAUGUUAUGAGAAAGUAGUAUGUCCUGAUUGUGUGCACACUGCGUGCAACAGUAUGUACUUUGUAAAGGUAGCUGCAGGACCUACUAAAAGUAAAAAGUAUCAGUAUGUGAUGCAGAACACAUACUGAUACUUUCUUGUCCUCUUUUCGUUAUCGGCAGAUUUUAUUCAGGACACCUGUGGCUGUAUUAAAUGAUUGACUCUGAAGGCUAUGUGAGAUUUUGAAAUGUUUUGAAAUUAACUACAAAAACUGGUUGUUAGAAAGAUGUAAGAACAUUUUCUAAAAUCUAACAUAGUCUGUGUUUUAAAAUGGUUAGUGGGUAGUGAGAGUUGGAGUAAACGGGCUAAAUCAUGCUAAAAAAACAGAGGUAUGGUCUGAAAGUCACACGCUGAUUGAAAUAAUAAACAUAUGGCAGCCAGUCGGCUGUUUCUACGGGACGACAUCACACCAGAGAGAA